UUUAAGUUCAGAACCCAGGAGUUAAACCCGAUUCCUAAACCCUGAAGUGCUUCUCUAAACUUUGUCCCAAACUCAAACAAAUACUCGUGUGUGUGUGUGUGUGUGUGUUUGCCCAGCUAUCUUGUCUUUUCAUUCAGAUUUUUUGUAUGCAUAGGGUACGAGAUUUACUUUCCCAGUCAGACCAAAUUCCAUGUCACACACACACUCACACAGGCCAUAGGUGAACACGGCCGCCAAACAUCCUGGUGGCAGCACAGCAAUGAGUCAGUAAACAAGAGUCACGAGAAAGAUUUACCUUUCAUUCACGAGACUAUUACUCAUCAGACAUCUGCCAUACAGGGUCUACUUGCUGCCAUUGUGUGAUACCUGUACUGGAGGUCCAUCAGCCACCAUGUUCGCUUCAGGACCAAACUAUAAUAAGUUGAAAACCAACUUGAGACUGGCAAUCAACAGACUCAAGCUACUGGAAAAGAAGAAGACAGAACUGGCUCAGAAGGCCAGGAAGGAGAUAGCUGACUACCUCACCACAGGAAAGACAGAACGUGCAAAGAUUCGGGUGGAGCACAUCAUUCGUGAAGACUAUCUGGUGGAGGCCAUGGAGGUGACGGAGAUGUACUGCGACCUCCUCCUCGCUCGUUUCGGUCUUAUUCAACAAAUGAAAGACCUUGAUGAAGGUCUUGCUGAAGCCAUCUCCUCACUCAUAUGGGCUGCACCAAGACUUCAGACAGAUAUAGCAGAACUAAAGAUUAUUGCUGAUCAACUAACAUUUAAAUAUGGCAAACCCUAUGGUCAGGCAUGUAAAGAGCAGCAGGUGACAACAAUAAGUGAACGCCUCAUCCACAAGCUGAGUGUGCAGGCCCCACCCAAGGUGCUGGUGGAGAAGUACCUCGUGGAGAUUGCCAAAAACUACAAUAUUGAGUAUGAACCUGACCCACAGGUGAUGCGGGAAGAGGAAUGGGGGACGGACCCCCUCAUCAGCUUGGAUGAAAAGAAUAACCUGGGGAAUGAUGGAGCGACAGGAGGCUUCAGAGGAGGUGGUGGUGGUGGCGGCGGCUUUGGUAUGAACAUCCCACCAACAGGAUUUAUUGGCUACCCCUCUCAGCCAAUGCCGCAGCAACCUUUUUCAUACCCAGCACCUGUGCUGUUUCCCUCACAAAUCACAAAAGAAGGGCCCACAUCACCAGUCAAGAAUCUACAACCAGUACCUCAUCCACACACAAGUGACCAGCCUAGUCCAACAUUGCAGCCCAUACCAGCAGUGUGGCCUGGAGAAGCACAAGUGAAUGCUGUGCCAAGUCUACCAUCUAUUUUAGUCACAAACCCACAGUCUCUUACUAAUUGUUUUGAUAAAUUUCUUGAUGUUGUGAACCGGCAUCAACCAGAUAUCGUAGUAGUUAGUGAAACUUGGUUUUCAGAAACACGACCAGCUAGUCAGUUUAAGCUGGAUGGAUACCAGAUGUUCAAUGAUGAUCGGGAGGGUCGGGGAGGAGGUGUGGCUGUAUAUGCUCGUGAGAGCUUAACACCAUUUGAGGUUCAAUUGAAAGCUCCCUCAGAAUUAGAGUGUGUUUGGGUAGAUGUAAAUAACCAACUUGUAAUUUGCGGGUUGUAUCAUCCCCCACGAGCAGCCACUGGACCUUUGCUAAUGGAUCACAUUGUCAACUCCGUGUUGAAUAUUCGUUCUAACAACCCACACUUAACAGUUGCCAUCACUGGUGACUUUAACAACCUUCAUCAGGGUCGUCUUUGUGCAAGUUUAGGAUUAACCAAUCUUGUUCAAGAGCCCACCCAUAUGAAUUCCGUCAUUGAUUUAAUCUUGACAGACAACCCUGAUGGGUAUGAGAAGCCCAUCCUGCUACCACCAAUUGGAAACAGUCAACAUAACUGUGUACUUGUGAAGCCCAAGGCAGCUACCAUGGACAAGAACUUUCAAAUGGGUGCUGCUGGAGGUAUAGAACUGAACCUACCCAAUGUUCCUGGGCAGCCAAUUUAUCCAGGCGGUGGUAUGGGGGCAUUUAACAUCCCUCCAGGUGGUCCCCCACCACCUGAUCCCUCUGCUGAUCCACUCCCAGAGAAGAUCAAUAACAAUCUACAGGAUGGUGAACAACCAAAGCCAGCUCCACGCUCUAAAUUUGGUGAAGGUGGUGCAGACUUCGCACUUCCUGAACUCCCCAGUGUUCCAGAUGUUGUAGGUGGCAACACUUUCUCUGACCCCAGUGAAACCAAGGAUGACAUAGAUUUUGAUGAUUUGACCAAGAGGUUUGAGGAUUUGAAGAAGAAAAAGUAGAUUAAUAUUCAAUUUGUUAUUGGCAGUGCUGAGGAAGGUUUGUUGAUAUACAUAAUUAACUUUCAGUAUAAAAAUAAAUGUUAGCUUUAAAUCCUUUAUUUUGCUGAGUAGGAUAAUAGCAAAAGCAUAAGGAACAUUAUUCCAUCAGUUUUCCCCUUUUUUAUGAGGCUGGGGCUAGGUUCGUACAUAAGCUCAAAGUCAUACCUACCAAGCUGUGUGCCAAAAGUAUUUGGUGUUAAAUUAAAGAACCUCAUAAUAUUGUAAUAGCAUAUUUUCAACCACAAAAUGCAUUAUAAAACAUCAAAAUCAGUGAAUAAGCUCUGUAUGUAAAUCAUAAUUAUUUUUAUAUAAAUUAUUCAUCGUUUUUAUCAGCUUAAGCCACCUUGGAGAUGGCCUGAAUGUAUUGAAUGUACAACUGGUAGAAUAAUAAUAAUUAGGUUGUAAAGGCAUAAAAGUGUAUGACAACAUUAAUACUUUUACACAAUACAAGACUAUCCAUACACUACACUUCUAGGUAUGAUUGUGUUUGUUAAUAGAUUAAAAUCUUUCAUCCAAUCAUCUUUAACUGACUUUUAUGUUCAGUAAACCCAUAUUAAACUGGUCAAAUAAAGCAGAAGGUUGGGUCAGAUUAAUUUUUUCUGUGUUUCCCAGGGUAAAAAAUAAAAUCACGUAUGGUCACUAACUGAAAGUACAGUAUACUGUGCAAUGAAGGCCAUUUUAUAAACAUUUGCAAUACUGUACCUUGUUGCAUACAUGUUUAUUAGACAUGAAAAUUACAAACAUUGAUACAAAUUUGAGAAGCAAAAAAAACAUUAAAAUUGCAGGAGGUAACCUGUUUACAUUCGCUAGAGUGAGAGGUAGUGAGUAAAACAGUGGCUACUUCAGUAUCAAUACAGUACUACUACUAAUGUGUUUAUGAUCUUAUUUUAGCUUCAACCACUACCACUCACUCUGUUGAUGAUGGAAUUACUACAUAGAAAGAAAUAAAGUGCCACAGUAUAAUUACUGAAACAUAGGGUAUACAAAAUUAUAAGGUAACAAAGAAUCGAUUAAGUCUGGAGGCAUCUUCUGGGGUAAAUUACAUCUCACUUGAACAUGUGAUAAUCUCAUAAGGUGAUGUAGUAGACUGGAUUAGUAUUCUAGCAUUUUCCAAAUUUUGUGAGUGGAGCAAUGUAUCAUAAACUGACAAAGAACAGUAGCUUGGAUAAUUUUGUGAUAAAUUUGAAUAAUUCAUUAUCUGUUUUUUCACAAAGUACAGAUGGACCAAAUUGGAUCUAGUUUUUCCAGGUUUCCAGUUCAGAUAAGUCCAAUUGGUGGUGCAGCAGUAUAGCACGUACAGUAUCUCUCACCAUUGUGUCAAGGGUUCGAGUCCUGCUUGGGUCGGACACAUGUGAGAAGGGUGUUAUCCAGUGUGACCCUACCAAACAUCACAGGUUUCCUCCUUCAUUAAUACCAGACAGACCAACUGCCCAAACAGCUAGUAAGUGGCGAGAUAAUAAAAAAAAAGCGGGAACACAGUAAAAGUUUUUGCUGACUUUAAUAAUCAUAAUUUUAACACAAGAUAUUAUGAAGUAUACCUGUAUAUGCUUUACCUCAUAAUUUACAGAGUAUAUUAUAAUCUGAACACUUAUUAAAUGUGAACUAAUUCUAUUUUUAUAACAAUGUAUUGGGUACAAUAUUAACAUGAUACUGUGCCUAAAAUUUUAAAGUUAAUUAAACCAUAAUUUUUUCUAAUAUUGCUUUUGGCUUAUUGUAGUGCUGUAAAUACCUUGAAAUUGACUCACUUUAACAGAGUAAACAAUCACUCAAUUCUUAGCAGACAUUUAAUUCAACAGAUUGCUCUAAUUCCCUUUUAGGCAAGCUAUCUUCAUUAUUCACUAAAACAGGGUUCUCAGACCAUGUGCAAUAAUACUGCUGCACAGAUGAUAAUUGAAGACUAUAUAAAUGAGGUCCAAGCAUUACUAGGUCAUCAUUUGUUUACUGUGGUGCAUUCUGGGCGACACCUAGCUAAGCUGUGCAAGCGUGGACAAUGGUGAUUAUGUGGAACAAGGAAAGGCCCAAACCAAAUGUUUUAAAAGGUAAUUGCUGUGGUAUUCACGUACCACAUCUCAGUUUUGCGAUGUCGCAAAAUGCAUUUUUUAGGAAGAUCUACUUUUAUUGGGUUUCUCUGUUGCUAAAAAAGCAAAGACUAUAUUCGGAAGAUAGGAACCAGACUUCUUCAACAUGAUUGCACAUAUAGUGAUGUUUAGGAGAUUCAACAGCCUAAUAUUAAUUUAAAUAUUAAGAUAACAAUUGACAUCUUGAAGUAUCUACCAACAAUACACAUUUGGAAACACAACUGUAUCUGAUUGUUCAACAGCACAAUUUUUCUUGUGUUUAGGGCAGCCACUUUCCUAUCUUCCGUAUAGUCAUUGCUUGAGAAGGGAAAAAAUAAUACUAAAGAACCAUUUUUUUUUAUUCUAUUGAUUAAUUUUUUUUUAUUUUUUAUACCAAAUAAUAAAAUAAAUGCCUAUUAUAUAAUAAAAACAAAAAUAGGGUGACUAAUAUAUCCAGGACAGUCCAUAUGAAACAUGAAGCAAUAACCUGGAUUGUUUUUCCUGCUGCAAGUACAGUACCUCAUAGUUAGUGCACACACAACAAUCUGGCUUUCCAUUAUAUCACUAAUGUUAAACUUGGUGUGAACCAAGGCACAAGUUCCUGAAGUACAGUACUGUAGUUGUUUUUCAUGUGUUAAUUUCAUUCAGGUUGUGACACCUUCACUUUGUUGCACUGAUUAAUAUCUCAGUUAACAUGGAUUUAGUGAAUGGAACUGGAGUUGCCCAUAAGUAUUUGAUUUGCUUUUAAGCUGCUGGUAAUAAUUUCUGCAGAUGAUUGUUUCAGCAUUGUAUAUCAUGUGCCUUGUCACAAAAUACUUAGUUUUAAGUACAAGUAUUAGAUUAAGAAAAGUUUAUGUUUAAUGCAUACAUCAUUGGCAACAAUGUGUAUAGCCGUAUUUUUUUCAUAAGUAUGUAAUUAUUAAAUUCUGGUCAAUA